AAAUCCAGUUCCGGCGUCCGGAAAGCAUUUGAAAUGAGACCAAUUAAUCCGUAAAACACAACCUAAUACACUUAAAUAUCCUGGAUUAAUCCCAGGGUCUUUGUGUGUUUGUGUUCUCUGGCAUCUUGUGGGAAAGCAGCAGAGGGAGCCAGAUCGGGAGGAGCAGACUGAAGCCAACAUGCCCCCUAAGUUUAAACGACACCUCAAUGACGACGAGGUCACUGGAUCUAUUCGCAGUGAGAGGAGGAACCUGCUUGAGGAAGACUCUGAUGAGGAGGAGGACUUCUUUCUGAGAGGACCCACAGGACCCAGAUUUGGACCACAGAAUGACAAAAUUAAGCAGGUGCAGUCACAGGUUGAUGAGGUGAUCGAUGUGAUGCAGGAGAACAUCUCCAAAGUGAUAGAGAGGGGCGAACGUCUCGAUGACCUGCAGGACAAGUCAGAGAGUCUAUCAGACAACGCGUCUGCCUUCAGUAGCCGAGCCAAACAGCUGCACAGGAGGAUGUGGUGGAGAGAUAUGAAGAUGAAGAUGAUCAUUGCCUUGGUUGUGGUCGCUCUCCUGCUCAUUAUCAUCAUACCAGUGAUCCUGCGAUAUCGCUAAUGUCUGAGGAUGAUGUGGCGCAGACCCCUCUUCCUCUUCUCUUCUUCUCUCUCUCCUGUUCACAGUCCUCCAAUCCAGCCAGAGGGUGCCAGCCAACCUCCCACUUCAGAAUUAGCCAAUGCACCCUCAAGGAUCUGACCUAAACUUUCCCUUAGUACAGAUGUUACUGUUGGCUUUGCAGCUGAACUCUGCAGUGAGAUGAGUGCUAAGGCUCAGUUGGUUACAGAAAGAGAUCACAGAAUGAGGGAAGAUGUUUUAAUGCAGUUUAAGGGAAAAUGCUGACUCUUAGCCCUCUAGCCAAAGUGAAGGAUGUGUCCAUUCCAUGAUACAUAUCACAUGUUAGGCCCUGGCUUUGCUUUUAUAACAGAAAAAACUCCAGGGUCUGCAUGUUACAUACAUCAUAUAGACAGAUACUGUAAAGGCAGCCAGUCUUUGCCAGCUGUCCCUUUGAGUUUAGCUGAAUUUGCUGCUGCAGCCUCAUAAAAUGGCGUCCUAACAUCCCGUCAAUGAAGCUCAGAUGUUGACUUAUGUUUCCCUUUGUGCUCUCUCGCUCUGAGAACGUUUAGAGGGAACAUUUUAGUGAACACAAGCACAUUUCUCUGCCUGAGAGAGGCAGGGAACAUCUGAGGUUCAGCUACUCAGUCAUUUCGAAGGUAGCUUCUUUUAAUCAUUAAUAAAACAAUGUGUUACUGAAGUAACAGAAUUCACUUCUCAGAUGCAUUUGUAUGAACAAACACCAUUUCUACAGACAACAUCCUGCUUUCUAACUGUAUUCCCAGUUUCCAUUCUCUGCCUGCCUUUGGAUGGUUUGUUACACUGUACAUCAGGACCAUUUUAAACCAAAACAUCCACAUCAUGAAUGUCUGCUCUCCACUCUGCACUCUAAAGUUCUCACUGUCCUCCCGUUGUUUAGAGCUCUGGGCCAGUUUGGUCACGGCUGUCCUACUUUCUUGACAUUAAAGCCUCGUUUUUCUCUGCACAUGGUUUUAUUUUGGUUUUAACACAUCUUUUUCUUUUUAACUAUUUUUUUUUUAAGGUCCCAAAUCUGCUGUUCACUCAUUGUGGUGCUUUGUAUGAAUGACAUUAUUCUCAUCCUUUGUCUCACUGUACUGUCAUCUUAAGUUUAAAUAAGGGUCAUUUAAUUGAUGCAAGUUUAAAACUGUAAAAAAAAAAAAAAAGAUAUACUGUGAAACAAAACUAGGUAAUUGUGUCUGGAUCAAUUGAUUGUAUAAUACAAUAAAACUACAUUGUCAUUUUUUAAUGUAAUUUAUUUUAGCUGUAAAUAUUGAUUCUGUAAUGAUGUACAAUAUUCUUGCAUUGCAUUGGAAGACUGUGAUAUAUUCUGUUUUUUUUGCGCCAAAAUAAAGUGAUUUUAAAGGG